AUGUCCAAAGCAAUUUUCCUCACCAAAGUCGAGGGCAAGCCCGGCCAAGUCUACUAUCCGCUCAACGUGCAGACCCAGCCCCAGCCAACUCCGCAGGGCCGCGAGCUGCUGAUCAAGAUGAGCGCGGCGUCGCUGAACCACCGCGACGUCUUCCUGCGCCAGCAUCUGUAUCCGGGCAUUACGUUCGAUGUGCCCAUGGGCGCCGACGGUGUCGGGGUGGUCGUGUCCGCCGGGCCAGACGUGACGAGUCCCGAGCGAUGGCAGGGGAAGCGAGUCAUCUUGAACCCCGGACUGGGGUGGAAGGAUUCGCCCGACGGACCGGAAGAUCCGAAGGGGUAUCGCAUUCUCGGCGGGACGAAGCACUAUACGUCGGGUACGAUGCAGGAGUUUCUUGUCAUUGACGAAGGGGAGGUCGAGGAGGCACCGGAGCAUCUUUCUGAUGCGGAGGCUGCGGCAUUUCCGUUGACCGGCUUGACGGGGUGGAGGGCUCUGGUGGUUAAGGGAGGAGAGAGGAAUACGGGCAAAGGCGCGGCGGUGUUGUUGACGGGCAUCGGGGGAGGGGUGGCGUUGAUGGCCCUGCGGUUUGCGAUCGCUAGAGGAGCGGAUGUCUACGUGACAAGUUCGAGUGAGGCGAAGAUCCAGAAGGCAGUUGAACUGGGUGCGAAGGGUGGUGUGAAUUACAAGGAGGAGGCCUGGGAGAAGAAGCUGCUGGGUAUGCUGCCGGAAGGGAAGAGGUCUUUCGACGCCAUCAUCGACGGUGCUGGUGGCGAUGCUAUCGAGAAGGCAGUCAGGUUGCUCAAGCUCGGUGGGAUCCUCUCUGUCUACGGAAUGACCGUGUCGCCCAAGAUGCCUUUCCUGAUGCAAGCCGUGAUGAGAAACAUCGAGGUCCGCGGCUCGACGAUGGGUUCUCGAAAGGAGUUCAGGGAGAUGGUGGAGUUUGUGAAGGCCAACAAGAUCCGACCGGUGGUCUCGCGCGUGCUGCAGACCGAUCUGGGCGAUAUCACGGGGCUCGACGCGCUGUUCCAGGAGUUGAAGGAGGGCAAGCAGUUCGGUAAAUUGGUCGUUGAAUUCGGCAAGUCUUCAGAGAGUAAACUAUUUUACCCAGCAAAUAACGCAGCCACCAUCAUGACUGCCGACAUUGUUCAGAGAUACGGACCCGGGAUGUCGUUCUACCUUGCUCAAAUGGAGUCCUCGUCCCAGCAUCCAGCAGCGUCGUUGUCGGACACCGCACUCAGUGUCGUCGGACGGAUGAUCGUAUCAUGCUUACCUGUUGUUUCCCAGGCAUACUCCACAUCCCUGAAGGCGCUGCAGGCCAGCAAUGACAAGCUGCAGCAAAGGAUGAUCAUGCUGCGCUCCAGCACGCUACGGCUGGAGCUCGACUUGAUGAAGCUCCAGCGCCACGUCCGGUCCUUCGACAAGGAGCUCCUGGUGACCUGGCAGGCAGACACCCUCACUCGGCUGAUCGAGGUGAUCUACGAGCGACAUCGAUGGAAAAUGCCCGGGGGGAUUGUCAUUGGCGAUCAUCAGGGCGUUGACUGGGACACUCUAUCCACGCUCUAUGCAGUUGCCGCCCGGAAGAUUAAGAAGGAGACGCUGAAGAGGCGGUUCGGGCUGUCGGUUCAAUACUAUGAUGCACUACAGAAGUACGACGAGGUUGUCUCUUUUCGCAGCAUCGAUCCCUACGAGUCGGAAUUUUCGUUUGCAAAGUGGCUUGUGGCGGAGAAGGAGAAACGUCCGGGGCUCUAUCAGUUCUGGGGGAAAUUGUUUCCAUUGUGCCAUGGUCGGACGGUGGAGGAGACUGCUGAGAGGUUCUGA